AUGCUGGUUCAUGAUCUGUGGCGGACAGGCUGCGACUGGGAUGAUGCGAUCGAUGAGCUGUCGUUCAGGAAGUGGUUGCGGUGGACCAACAUUCUCGCAGACAUGCCGGUGUUUAAGCUACCUCGAAGCUACUUCGGAACUGCGAGAUCAAAUGAGAUCGAAGAAGUCCAGCUUCACAUCUUUGCUGAUGCCAGCGAGACGGCGUACGGAUGCGUGGCAUACUUCCGUGCAAUCGUACGGGGUAAGGUGGUGUGUUCGCUAGUGAUGAGUCGAGCGAAGGUAGCACCGUUGAAGCAGUUGUCGAUUCCGUGGCUAGAACUCCUGGCAGCGGUUUUUGCGGCAAGAGUGGUGUUCUGGAUUGACGCAGAAGUGGUGCUGUCCUGGAUUCGGUCGGAUCAGCGCCGCUACAAGCAAUUUGUUGGUUUUCGCAUUGGCGAAAUUCUUAGUUCGACUAAACUGACAGAUUGGCGAUGGGUUCCGACGAGAUUGAACGUGGCGGAUCUGGUAACCAAAUGGGGUAAAGGUCUGGAGAUACACACCAACAGUCCGUGGGUACGUGGGCAACAAUUUUUGUACGACAGUGUGGAAAAGUGGCCGAAGAGAGAAUUACCUCCCGCUAACACUACGGAGGAACUUCGGGUUCACUUGAUGCUGCACGACGAGCAAGUUGCACGGGCUAUCGUGGACGCCAAUCGCUUUUCUAAGUAG